UCGCCAAUAGGGUCAAUUUGAUAAGCUGUGUGUGUGGCGCCGACAAUCUCUUGGUAGCUGCACACACACGACAGGCCGCCAUUGGACGGUUAUUGCACGUGUUGCGGGAACUGCAUUUGUAAACAAUCGAGGACGCGACCACAAUUUGCCCGCGCGCCUCGUGCACUAACGGCUAAUAGUGCGGAGAUAGUGGUUUCACAACAUAUUCGCACGGGAAAUUACCAAGGAGCGAGGACGUAGUUUCCAACAAGAAACAGUUGACACUAUGAGAUACUUGUCAUCAGCAUCAGUGUGGGGAGAACAGUGAUGGCCAGAAGGCUGCAGUGUUAAGUGUCCAACAGUAACGAACUCCAACCAUGGCUGACAGAAACGCAGACAUUGAAGAACGUGUUGAGGACUUGAGUCUUGGGAUUUUGGAAAUCGAGGCUAAGUCGGAAGCUGGAUUUUCUCUGUCUCCGAAACGUGAAAACGGAAUAAAGAAGUACAGAAAUGCCCUGUCCCAUGCGAUCCCUGUCAGGAGGGGCAAAAGAUCCAAGUAUGAGUUUCCGCUGGCCAAGGCCGGCUGCUUCAGCAGCAUCUUCUACAGCUGGCUCUCCCCCACCAUGUGGAAGGUCUUCCGCAAAGGUGUCGACUUCAUCGAGAACAUCCAGAUACUGGACGAGGACUCGGCUAAAGUCAACUCAGACAGAUUUGAAAGGUUGUGGAAAGAGGAAGUGCGCACAAUGGGCGUGGCAAAAUCUUCCUUCGCUCGAGUCCUGUACCGCUUCGUCAAGACUCGAAUCAUCGUGACGUUCUUCAUCAUACUUAUUUUCUGUGCCUUUUGUCUUGCUAAUCCGAUCUUUUUAAUCCAUAAUUUCCUCAACUACUUGUCUCAAGGGGAGAUAACCAUCGGCACGGGUCUGGCGUACGUGGCCGGGGUAUUUCUGUGUGAGGCCGGCAGGACCCUGACUGGAGCAGUAGUCUGGAACCUCGGCUACCGGUCAGGUGUGCGUGUUAGAGCUGGUGCUACAAGUUUUUUAUUUAAGAAAAUAUUACGAUUGAAGAGUUUGAAAAACAAGACUGUUGGCGAGCUAGUCAAUUUAGUUGGUAAUGAUGGCCAGCGUCUGUUCGAAGCCACUGCUAUUGGUCCUCUGGUCUUUUGUGCGCCCUUCGUGUUGCUGGGAGGAUCUAUUUAUGCUGUUUUUCUACUGGGACCUUAUGGUCUUAUUGGAACCUUAAUUUUCCUGGGCUUUUAUCCCUUUGCUGCACUGAUAUCAAGACUCACAACUAAGUUUAGGAGAGAAGGAAUAAAAGUGACAGAUAAGCGUGUUCGCAUGAUGUCUGAACUGCUGACUUGUGUGAAACUCAUCAAGAUGUAUGCGUGGGAAAAACCGUUUGCCAAAACAAUAUCAGACAUCCGGAGUACAGAGCGCCGGGUGUUGGAGAAGGGGGCGUACGUACAGUCUCUCAGCACAUCCAUUGCUGGCAUGGUGCCGGUCUUCUCAUCCGUCAUCACCUUCAUAGCCUACGUGGCCUCAGGGAACGAACUCACAGCUGCCAAGGCUUUCACAUUUGUGUCAUUGUUGAAUUCGAUGAGGUUCUCACUUGGUGUCCUGCCAUAUGCAAUAAAGGCCCUGGCUGAAGUCUUUGUCUCCAUGACGAGGUAUAAGAGUGUGUUGUGUAUGGAGGAGAUCACCCCGCCCAGGUGCAGUGUGACGUCCUCCAAUCAAAGAAUAGCUAUGCAAGAUGCCACGUUUAGCUGGGGCAUCAUUGAAUCUGCUGAGAAGAAACAUAAUCAUGAUAAUGGCAGCGUAUCAAAACCGGAGAUGAAUGGCGGUCACUUCCCAGAUGACACAACAGCGCUGCGAGAGGCGGACGAGACCACCAUGUUGGAUGCUGUCCCAGAACCCAGCCUUACAGACAUUACAUUUGUACUUGAGAAGGGCAAACUGCUGGGGGUGUGUGGCAGUGUGGGGGCGGGGAAGACGUCUCUCAUCAACGCCAUCCUCGGAAGAAUGGAUCUGCUGAGUGGGAAGAUCGCUGUCAAUGGCAGCAUAGCUUACGUCCCCCAGCAAGCCUGGAUCACCAACACCACCGUCCGGGAGAAUAUCCUCUUUGGGCUUCCAUACAAUGAGAAACGCUACAAUGAGAUUGUCAGAGCCUGUGCCUUGAAUACGGACUUCCAUACUUUUGUAUCUGGUGAUACAACAGAGAUUGGAGAACGGGGUCUCAACCUGAGUGGGGGACAGAAGCAGCGGAUCAGCAUGGCUCGGGCAGUGUACAGCGACAGUGAGAUCUACCUGCUUGACGACCCUCUGUCUGCUGUCGACGUCCACGUUGGACAACACAUUGCCAAUGAAGUUCUCCUGAAGAUGCUGAAGGGGAAGACCGUGCUGUUUAUCACGCAUCAGCUCCAGUACCUGGUUCACUGUGACGAGGUGAUGUUCCUGAAGGAGGGCCAGAUAGAAGAGAAGGGCACCCAUGACGAGCUGAUGCAGCAGGACAGGGAGUACAGCGGGCUGAUCAAGAUGUUCUACACCGAGCAGAUGGAGGAAUACGAAGAAGCUGAUACUGUACCCACAGAAAGACUAUCUUCACUGUCAACAUCUGACAUCCAUAACGACAAGUCUGCCAAUGCCAAUCCAGGGGAGAGCACUCCAAUUGGUAAACCCCCACCGCCACUUGAGAGACUGUUUUCUAGAGGAGCAGGGAUGGGAAAUAUAUCCCCCAUUUCACGCAACAAAGCACCCCCCUUGGAGAGAAUGUUUUCUCGGGGGGCGGGUAUGGCCCCAGCCCCUCCUCCCUUAGAGAGGUUGUUCUCACGAGGUGCAAUGGUGGAGAAGCCCCAGCCCGAGAUGUUCUCUGGGGGUCAGGGCAUGAGGGUGGAGAGACAGUUCAGUACAUUGUCGUCAAGCAGCUCAGGAGACGGUGAUGGAGAGGGGAAACUGAUUGUUGCUGAGGAGAGAAGUACGGGAACUGUUUCAAAGGAAAUAUAUCGCCAGUACAUCCAAGACGGAGGAGGAUAUCUCGUCUGUUUCGGCGUGUUUCUCAUCUUCUUCUUGUCCGUAGCCUCCCAGACCGGCGCAAACUGGUUUCUCUCCUUCUGGUUGAACCAGGGCAAUGGUAAUAACACAAUGAUCACCAUCAACAAUGCGACCAUGUCCAGCAACAAUGGGAACAUCAGCGAUCACCCGAUGCGGAACACCUACACCCUCAUCUAUGGAAUGUUUGUGGUCAUGAUGCUGGUGCUCACCUUCUGCCGGGCCUUUGUCUUCAUGAAGGCCACCCUGAAGGCUUCCAGCGGACUCCAUGACCGCGCGUUCAAGAACAUAUUAGCCAGCCCGAUGGAGUUCUUUGACACGACUCCCACGGGGCGGAUCAUCAACAGGUUCUCAGCCGACAUGGACGAAGUGGACAUCCGGCUCCCCAUGCAGGCUGAAGUGUUCAUCACCAACGUACUGCAGGUUUUCUUCUCGCUCCUGAUGAUCUGCUACAUGUCGGCCUGGUUUCUGGUUGCCAUGAUACCGCUCGUCGCGUUGUUUGCGUGUCUCUUCGUGAUGUUUGUUCGCUGUGCACGCAACUUGAAGCGUCUGGAUGCUGUGACAAAGUCUCCGCUGGUCAGCCACAUCACCGCCUCCGUCCAGGGCAUCACCACCAUACAUGCAUACGGCAAGAUGGAGGAAUUCGUGGCAACGUUCCAGAAACUGCUGGAUACCAAUUCUGUCCCUUUCUUCAUCUUCUACUCAGCGAGUCGCUGGUUGUCUGUGCGUCUUGAUCUCCUGUGCGUCUGCAUCAGCGGUACAACGGGCCUCAUUAUUGUCUUCAACUACGACAACAUCACCCCAGCCGUCGCUGGACUCGCUCUUGCCUUUGCUGUGCAGAUGGCUGGACUGUUCCAGUUCACAGUGAGGCUUGCUAUAGAGACAGAAUCUCGCUUCACCAGUGUACAGAGAAUACAGGAGUAUGCCAAGGAUACAUCAGAAGAAGAUCUCAUCACUGUGUCGGACACCGAGCCCCCCGCUGAUUGGCCAGCAGAUGGCAGGAUUGUGUACAACCGAGUUCGGAUGCGAUAUCGAGAGGGAAUGCCUUUAGCCCUUAAAGGUGUCACAUUCUCUGUGGAGCCUCAGGAAAAGAUAGGCAUUGUAGGAAGAUCAGGCUCAGGGAAGUCCUCUCUAGGGGUGGCGUUGUUCCGUCUUGUGGAGGCAGCAUCCGGGACAAUUGUCAUCGAUGGCAUCGACAUCAGCAAGGUGUCCCACUAUAAUCUGAGGUCCAAGCUGGCCAUAAUCCCACAGGACCCUGUACUCUUUGUUGGAACAGUCAGAUAUAAUCUGGACCCGUUCAGUGAGCAUGCGGAGGUUUCCCUGUGGGAUGCCCUUAAGAAGUGCCAUGUAAAAGACACGAUAGCUGGCCUGGAUGACAAACUGGAUGCCAUGGUUGUGGAAAAUGGAGAAAACUUCUCAGUAGGAGAAAGACAACUUCUCUGUCUGGCUCGUGCGCUGCUGAGACACAGCAAGAUACUGAUGCUGGACGAGGCGACUGCAGCCAUCGACACAGAGACGGACACACUGGUGCAGACAACCAUCAAGGAGACUUUCUCCGACUGCACCAUGCUGAUCAUAGCACACCGUCUCAACACCGUCCUCAGCUGUGACAGGAUCAUGGUCAUGGAGGAUGGCAAGGUUGUCGAGUUUGACAAACCAUCAGCUCUGAUGUCCAAGUCUGACUCCAAGUUCAAGGCCAUGUUAGAAGCCACGGAGGGUCAGCCGAGUUCAUCAUGACAGGGAUCCCAGGUGUAAAGCGAGAUGACCGAUACGGAGACACGAGCCAUGCCAGACUCAUGCUGCGGAGCAUUGGACACUUCUAUUUUCUUACGUUUUUCCAUAUCGGUGACAUGUAUCUGCAGCAUCUGAUUGGCCAAAGUCUGGUAGCCAGUGUGAGAAUCUGAUUGGACAGGACAUCGAGCCAGAAUCUGAAUGGAUAAUUCCUGUAGCUAGUUUGAGAAUCUGAUUGGAUAAUUCCUGUAGCCAGUGUGAGAAUCUGAUUGGAUAAUUCGUGUAGCCAGUGUGAGAAUCUGAUUGGACUGGGCACUGAGCCAGAAUCUGAAUGGAUAGUUUCUGUAGCCAGUGUAACAAUCUGAUUGGAUAAUUCUUGUAGCCAGUGUGAGAAUCUGAUUGGAUAAUUCCUGUAGCCAGUGUGAGAAUCUGAUUGGACAGUGCAACGAGCCAGAAUCUGAUUGGACUGGGCACUGAGCCAGAAUCUUAAUGGAUAGUUUCUGUAGCCAGUGUAAGAAUCUAAUUGGAUAAUUCAUGUUGCUGAUGUGAGAAUCUGAUUGGACUGGAUUGGACAUCAGCCAUAAUCAGAUUAUUUGGCAGGGUGUUGAGCUAGAAUCUGAAUGAUAAUCCCUGAAGCCAGUAUGAGAAUUAUAUUGGGUUAUUUCUGUAGCCAGUGUGAAAAUCUGAUUGGAUAAAUCCAUGACGCCAUUGUGAAAAUCUGAUGUGACAGGACAUCAAGCCAGAAUCGGAUUAUUGGGCAGGACAUCGAGCCACAUUCUGAUUGGAUAAUUCCUGUAACCAGUAUGAGAAUCUGAUUGGACAGGGCAUCGGGCCAGAAUCUGAUUGGAUUAUUCCUGUAGCCAGUGUGAGCUGGAUUGGACAAGAAAACUACCCAAGCAAUGAGAUAAUCACCUGGGGGAAGUGGGAAAGUCAAAGUGAGACGUAUUCAUAUUGGAAUUUUAUUGAACCAUACAAACCAAAAUCGAAUUGAGGUGUGCAUUUGGUAGGUUUGGACAACGUUUUGGUUUGCACAAAACAUGGAAACUGUUUGGGCAGUACUCCGGUCAGUGACAGGAGAAUACAUUUUGUCUAACAGUGCUGGAGAUAAUAACACAUGUCAGCAAGGAAUGUGAAACAAUCAAGUCAAUGUACUAUACUUCUCAGUACACCAUAAUCAUUCUCAACCUGACACUGCCAAACUUAAAACAAUUCUUGAUAUCAGUACCAAUUGGGGGUGUGGUGAUACGCCUACCUCAUGAAUCAUUACAUGUCGCACAUAUCACGUGUAUCAUGUGUAUAGCGAUACUUAAUUUGUGCUGUCGAGUGAAGGUCUCCAUGUUACAUAAGGUCCUGGGCCCUGUUCCAUAUGACACACAAAUGAUUCUCCUGAUUUGCCAAGGGAAUAAAGACAGAGAGACAUAUCUGAUUAUCUCUAUCAAAAUUGAGUGGAAUAGUAUUAAAACAAGCCUGACCAGUUACUUGAGAGAAAGAUGAAGUGGUUGACAGCCACAACCUGUUCCAUAAAGUGAUCGUAGCCCUAAGGUGAUCGUAACUCCCAUACUUUUAGAUAUGCUGAUGACAGUCGCAGCGCUACGACUGCCUUCCUGAACAGAACCCUCGGCCCUGUUCAACAAUGUGACCGUAGAUCUUCACCUAUUGUAAGCCAGAGCUAAAGUAUGGGAGUUACGAUCAUCUUAGUGUUACGACUGUUGUAAGCUUAUGCUUAAGUAUGGGACUUACAAUCAUCUUAGUGUUAUGACUGUUGUAAGCUUAUGCUUAAGUAUGGGACUUACGAUCAUCUUAGUGUUAUGACUGUUGUAAGCUUAUGCUUAAGUAUGGGACUUACAAUCAUCUUAGUGUUACGACUGUUGUAAGCUUAUGCUUAAGUAUGUGACUUACGAUCAUCUUAGUGUUACGACUGUUGUAAGCUUAUGCUUAAGUAUGUAAGUUACAAUCAUCUUAGUGUUACGACUGUUGUAAGCUUAUGCUUAAGUAUGUAAGUUACAAUCAUCUUAGUGUUACGACUGUUGUAAGCUUAUGCUUAAGUAUGGGACUUACCAUCAUGUAAGUGUUACGACUGUUGUAAGCUUAUGCUUAAGUAUGGGACUUACCAUCAUCUUAGUGUUACGACUGUUGUAAGCUUAUGCUUAAGUAUGGGACUUACAAUCAUCUUAGUGUUAAGACUGUUGUAAGCUUAUGCUUAAGUAUGGGACUUACAAUCAUCUUAGUGUUACGACUGUUGUAAGCUUAUGCUUAAGUAUGUGACUUACAAUCAUCUUAGUGUUACGAAUGUUGUAAGCUUAUGCUUAAGUCUGUGACUUACGAUCAUCUUAGUGUUACGACUGUUGUAAGCUUAUGCUUAAGUAUGUGACUUACGAUCAUCUUAGUGUUACGACUGUUGUAAGCUUAUGCAAAAGAAUAGGACAUACGAUCAUCUUUGCACCACGACUGUCAAAUGCCUAUGCUGAAGUACCAUAAUCUUAGUGCUAUGGCUGUCGUAAGUCAAUGUUAAAGCAUGGGAGUUACGAUCACCUUAGCGCUAAGAUCACUUUGUGGAACAGGUUGUGGCUGUCAACCACUUCAUCAUUCUCUCAAGUAACUGUUUAGAUACUAUUCCACUCAAUUUUGAUAGAGAUAAUCAGAUAUGUCUAUCUGUCUGUAUACACUUAUCAAGAGAAUCAUUUUUGUGUCAUAGAAAGAUUAAAAUAUCCCUAUCAAAAGUAGAGUAGGAUAUUUUCCUAUCAGAUUUAUCAUCCUGUUCCAUGAUAGGCGAGUAACGCGAGAACGAUGGCCUGGUUACUGCAACACUUUGUAAUUGUUAUUAUCCUCAGUAAACACUAGAAUUUUCUAGCCAUGUUUGUGUACCACUGACCAAGAGAAUGAAGCCUUACAUCCAGUGUUUGAAAUAAACACCUGCCCGUGGGCCCGUGGCAGGUAAUUUUUAUGUCGGGUCCAUCGUUUCAAAUUUGUAUGGGUCCUUAUGGCCUACAGUAAAUUUAUGUGUGGAUUUAUUUACCAGAGCUGCAUUGUUUUUAAUGAGGGCCUGAAGAGUUUAGUCAGGGCCUGGAGCUUCUAUAGUCUGUGGGUCCUGAUUGUAGCCUGGCAUUUUGUUUUAUUUGUUGCUUACGUAGGAUGAGGUAUGAUAUGCACUACUGAGCAAUGUUGAAAUGUAUGUAUUUAUCAUGUUUACAUACAAUAUUUUCACAGAAUGUACUUCAGAGAUGGAAAGAAGUUACUAGUCACCAUUAUUAACAAACAGUCAACAGUUAUCACUCUAAUCCAUCACUUACAGACUUUCCUCCCACAUUAGGCUGACACGAUAUAACUGGAAUACUGUUUGAAGCUGUGUUAAACCCAACUCACUCAUUCACUCAAAACUUUUAUCGAUCCAUCCACUAAAUAUAACCCAAAUAUUUGUGAGGUAGUGCAUUGUUCAUGUAUGUUAUCUACAAGGGUUGAAUGAUUGUUUGUAAUAACUUUUCAAUAAUUGCACUUGUACAUUUGAGCAAUUCUCAAUGCUGAUUGGUCAGUUGAAGCCAUGAUGUCACAGUGCUUGUUGAGAAAAAUGAGAUAUAUUGUCAUCCAUUGUUCAUGACAUCACAUGCUGUGUCAUCUAAACUGAGGGAAUUUUCUCUGUAGGGUUGUCAUUUCAUGUUUGUUUUUUUUCAUUUUCUUUCUUAAAAUGUCAGUGUGUAAAUUAUAGAAUAACAUAUUCGUAAUUACAAAUUAUCUGUCCAAAACUCAGAACUUCCACUAUACAGAUAACCCAUAAUUAUGAAUAUUUAGUUCGUUAUUCUUUAAGUAUUGCAUCUAUCUUGGCCAGUAGUACCGUAUAUCGCCGUCUAUAAAGCGACCCCAGGUAAAGUAUUUCCGAUGUUACAUGCUCACAGGGGGUAGAUUAGGUCUUCAGCAACCCAUGCUUGCCGUAACAGGCGACUAUGCUUGUCGUAAGAGGCGACUAACGGGAUCGGGUGGUCAGGCAUGCUGACUUGGUUGAUGCAUGUCAUCGAUCCCAAUUGUGUGGAUUGAUGUUCAUGAUGUCAAUCACUGAAUUGUCGGGUCCAGAAUCGAUUAUUUACAGACCACCGUCAUAAAGCUGGAAUAUUGCUGAGAGCGUCGUUAAACAACAAACAAACAAACAAACAUGCUCACAGUAAUGUCUUUGUGUUGGGCAAAAAAACAUCAAAACUCUUCAACCCUGUGUAUAAGAGAACCCCUCUUGAAAGCCCCCUAAUUUUAGGUACGAAAAGCUUGCCUUAUACACGGCGAUAUACAGUGACAUAAAAGUAGUUGUCCUGAUCAUUUUCCAUCAUUUGUCUGGUCGGUCAGCGUGUUUGUUGAACCCUACAAAAGCUGCAAUAUGUAACUUAAUUUUGACGGCAUUAAUCAUAUGACAAAUAUCAUAUCUUGGAGCAUAUUCAUAUUAAAUAUAUCAAUUUAUUAUUGUUAGAUCUUGAUUAUGAAAGACUUUGCUUUUGGGUCACAUGAAAUGUUUGGUUGGGGUUAACCACGAAUGUUUGUAUUUUAUGUCCCCGAUGGGAGGUGCAGGCUUGGAAGCAAGAAAUCAGUACAUUUUUAUGCGGCUUGAUACAUAAUGUGUGGAGAGGUAUCUGUUUCCAUAGACCCUUUUUAGUGUCGGAUGUCAUCAGCCAAUUAUCUGUAUUGUUUCAACCUUGUCAAAAGUAUGGCCAUUGUAUAUUGUGUCAGUACACGAUAAUGUAGUUUUGAAACUGCUUUUUUCAGAUUUAGUUUAUUGUGAUAGACACAGAACACACACACACACAACACACACACACACAACACAACACACACACACACAACACACACACACACACGAUGGGAUUUCAGGCUAGAAAAUACAAACAAUUCGAUCUCAGACAGUGGCUUUUGAAAUGAACUAGUGCAGCAAUUUUUAAGUUUGAGCGAUGUAUCAAACUAAAGAAGAAUUGCAGUGUUACCAUAGCUGAGAAUGGAAAUGUCUUUAUAUUUGUGAAAUCAAUUGUCUGAUGUUUUAUGACUUCCAUGGCUGUAGAUAUUUAACUGCUGCUUGGCAUUGUAUACAGCGUUAGAAAUUGGCACUUGUCCUGUUGUCCUUGUCGAACUCGCCUGGAAUUUCAUGGCUCGAUCGUUGUGCCACCAUUGGCUAUUUGAGUUGUGUCAAGAUAAUCUGAUUGAUAAUAAUGAUCUAUAUAUUGUUAUAUUUUUGUAAUAUAAAAAGUCUUAUCUUGGACUCCCUGGUCUCCAGGUCUCCAAGUUGUUGUUAGAGAUGACCCAUGUUAUGAUCAUCUUCCCGAGGCAAGGGAUUUAACUGACUGUAAAAGUCCAGUUACCACCCUUGCUGAAUUAGGCUAGAAUUUCUGGGCUAGAUCAUAGCGCCACCAGUGGCCAUUACGAGUUAUGUCCCUUCCAUGUCCCUCCUAUUGACCAAUCAGAUUCCACCUCUCAUAUCACUUGCUUUUGCUUCAAACAAAAUGGUGGUGCCCAGUCAAGAAGAUCUGAUCGAUAAUGAAGAAGAUCUGUAUUUUAAAAAACCAGAUCUUAAUUUGUGAAUCACACGAGCACAUUGAUUAGAAAAAUGAAAUUAUUUGGAAAAUACCUGAGUUGAUGGUACACAUGCUUUGCAACUCGUUAGUCCAGCCAAAGUGUAACUCCAUAAUACUAGCCUAGUUCGGCAAGGUUGGAAACUGGACUUUUAGAGUCCCUUAUCUGCUUGUCCUCGGGAAGAUCAGUAACGAUUGGAAGGUCACAAUGGUUGCUAGAUACUUUGAUAAAGGGGCUACUAACUCUCAGAUGUGAUGCAGGUGAUGCUGUGGCGGCCUGGAUUGUUCAUCUCUGUGCUGACCAGCCUUGUUUAUAGCUGUGGGAUUUCGUUUUUUUCUAAACUAGCUUAGUGAUACACCUGUGGGAUAUAGCUUUCAGAAAUACCUUAGUGAUACAGCUUUUGGAUACAGCUUUCAGAAAAAGCAUAGUGAUCACUACAGCUUUUGGAUAUAGCUUUCAGAAAAAGCAUAGUGAUACAACUUUUAGAUGUAGCUUUCAGAAAAAGCAUAGUGAUACAACUUUUAGAUAUAGCUUUCAGAAAAAGCAUAGUGAUACAACUUUUAGAUACAGCUUUCAGAAAAAGCAUAGUGAUACAACUUUUAGAUAUAGCUUUGUGAAAAACCUUAGUGAUACAGCUUUGGGAUAUAGCUUUCAGAAAAAGCAUAGUGAUACAGCUUUUGGAUACAGCUUUCAGAAAAAGCAUAGUGAUACAGCUUUUGGAUACAGCUUUCAGAAAAAGCAUAGUGAUACAGCUUUUGGAUACAGCUUUCAGAAAAAGCAUAGUGAUACAGCUUUUGGAUAUAGCUUUGUGAAAAACCUUUGUGAUACAGCUUUGGAAGACAACUGUGUGGUACAGUCCUGUUAGGCUGUGUAAUGUAGAUAUGAUAUAGCUGUGCAUGCUCUGUGAGUCCCCAAAAGGAAAAUCCAUCAAUGUGACUACCUCGCCAAACUGAGAACAAGCCUGGGAGUUCCUUGGUUUAGGUCUGCGUAUGGGUCUAGGUCUGGCCUGGGGUUUAGUUGGGGCCACCUUGGGCCUAGGUUGGCACAGGGGCAAUGGUUGGGCCUGGUGUCUAGGUCUGGCCUGGGGUUUAGUUGGGGCCACCUUGGGCCUAAGUUGUCACAGGGGCCAAGGUUGGGCGUGGUGUCUAGGUCUGGCCUGGGGUUUAGUUUGGGCCACCUUGGGCCUAGGUUGUCACAGGGGCCAAGGUUGGGCCUGGUGUCUACGUCUGGCCUGGGGUUUAGUUGGGGCCACCUUGGGCCUAGGUUGGGCCUGGGGUUUAGGUCUGGCCUGGGGUUUAGGUGAGAUCAAGGGACAAGGUGGGGGCCACCUGGGGCCAAGGUUGGACCAGGGUCUAGGUCACGCCACCUUGGGUCUAGUAUGACUUUGUGUUCCUGGUGGGCAAAGUGGCCAACACCUUGUCUUCUGGGCAAUUUUGAGUGUGGGAUGUUUUAACAUGAUGAAUGUUUUCAGUCACAGUACUUCUUA